CCUCAACACCCCGUCGACUGCAAGCAACGAAUCGACACCAUGUCGCGUCCUAUGCCACGCCUGUUCCUCAUUCGCCAUGGUCAGACAGAGUGGUCCAUCAACGGUCGCCAUACCGGUCGCUCGGAUAUUCCUUUGACGCCUCAGGGUGAGAUAGAAGCCGCCGAGCAGGCCAAGAUCCUCGUCGGUGAAGGCAGAAUCAUUGAUCCCAAGAAUAUAUGCACGGUAUUCGUUUCACCCAGGAUUCGCGCACACAGGACAUUCCAUCUUCUGUUCGAGCACCUGCCUGAGAUACCGCACCAUGUCAUCACCGAGGAAGUCAGGGAGUGGGACUACGGUGAAUACGAAGGGCUUUUGUCGUCGGAGAUAAAGGAAAGACAGCCAGGCUGGGUCAUCUGGAAGGACGGUUGCCCAGGUGGUGAAAGUGUAGAGGAUAUGUGCCUUCGGGUGGACACCAUGAUAGGCAAGGUUCGGGAACACCAUCGUCUCUGGAAAGAGGAGGGCAAGGGUUCUCGCGAUGUAGUCAUCGUCGCGCAUGGUCACUUCAACAGGUGCAUGAUCGCGCGCUGGAUCGGCUUCGAGCUGUCCUUGGGAACGCACUUCAAUGUGGAGCCCGCUGGGGUUGCGAUCCUUGGGUACAAUCAUAACAACCUGGCGGAGCCAGCGUUGAACGGGCUGAAUCUAUACGCCAAGCCCGUUUGAUAUAACCAUUACUUGAAUUCUGUAGAGGGCAGUCUCAGUGCCAUCAAUGUAUAGAUGUCGUGGAUUGUUCGCAAAGUCCAUAGCGGCGAAGGUCAUUUUGAGUACUA